AUGCCUUCUGUACUUUUCGUGUUGACUUCUGCCAAUAAAACCCUCACAGGUGCUCAAACGGGUUGGUACUUGCCUGAGGCGGCUCAUCCUUACUACGUACUUGCGCCACACGCCACCAUCGAUUUCGCCGCGCCCAAAGGCUCCAACCCACCGAUUGACGAAGGGAGCGUCCAGGCCUUCAAAGACGAAGACUCUGUCAAAUUCCUGAAUGAUCCUACUGUGAAGGAGAAAUUGGCCAAUGCGAAAAAGCUUUCGGAUGUGCAAUUCAAAGACUAUGACGCCAUCUUUUACGUUGGAGGACAUGGUCCCGUCAUUGAUUUGCCUGAGGAUAAGGACAAUAUUAAGUUAAUCGGGGAGUUUUGGAACGCUGGAAAGAUUGUGUCGGCUGUUUGUCAUGGACCUGCAGCUCUUGUAGGUGGCGUAGACGCACAAGGCAAAUCAAUCUUCGCGGGAAGAAAUUUCACUGGAUUCUCAAACGAGGAAGAGAAACAAGUGGGCAAAGUCGCGGACGUGCCAUUUUUGUUGGAAGACAAAAUUACCGGACUCGGAGGCAAAUACACCAAGGCAGACAAACCCUGGGGAGAAAAAGUUGUCGUUGAUGGCAAACUCAUCACUGGGCAAAACCCUGCUUCUGCUGUUGGUGUUGGGAAAGCUAUUCUUCAAGCACUUCAAUAG